AUGUCGGCAGUACCACGGAUAGAUGACCGCCUCCUUUGGCUCGGCUUCGGCAUCUUCCUCUUCAGCGCGGCCAAAGGCAUCCAGUACGCCAUCCAUGACAUCGUGGAGCUGACAGAACUCACUCCUCUUCCCGAUGCAUUCGAAAAUCCCAAGGGCGACUUGCCCGAAGAUAAAAUGUCACUCGAAAACCUCAAGAUUCUAGCCGACUCGCCAGACUACCACAUCAGCACUGCCGCAGCAGAAAUCGUCGUGGAACGAAUCGUGCGUCAGCCAGAGGCAAUCCGCUCCAUCGUCAACGAUGCAACCCAAUCCGAGGACAAGCAACUACAGGCGCAUGCCAGACAAGCCCUAUCCUUCCUCCGGCCUUUCCGCAACGCCAGGAGAUACGCCGAAGUGCGCAGAAACUGGGAGCCCUACCCGGAAUUCGGGGAGCAUUCCGGGAAUUCCACUCCAUCUGUGCACCCUGUACCCGAACACGUGCGAGCCGCGUUUGCAUCGCUACAAGAUUUGCGGGCAGAGCGAGCCGCGUUUUCAUCGCUACAAGAUCUGCAAGCGGCCGGCGACCGUGCCGCGUUUGAAUCGCUACAGGAGCUGCGGGCGGAGCGUGACGCCCGCAUGCAGGGCUCGUUGGAUGAGCCGCUUUUGGUGCCGAGCGAGGAGAACCCGGUUGCAGGGUGGACGAAUGUUCCGCGGGAGAGAUCUGGGACGAGAGGCGAGGAUGAAGCGGGUAGGAGACGACGACGCAGGGAGGCUAUGGUGUUGAGGGAGGGCGAUGGCGGUGCUGUGGAGGACGACAUUAUUCGAUUUCACGAGGACGGCUGA